CUGGGAAACUGCAGUGCUUUUACUAUGAUGCUGACCCAAACAUUUUAGCACUUUUCAUUUCCUUCUCUCUCUCUGUCUCUCCUUCAGCUUCCCUUUUGUGUGUUGUGGAUCAGUCUUCAUUUAAAAGGGUAAAGUUGUCCUAAGUGUUUAGGAAGCUAUUUCUUUUUCUGCUCUGUCUGACAGACUAUUCUGAGAAUCUUAUUGACAAGAACUUCCCUAGAAGGAGCACAGACUAAGAUGUUGGUGGUUCAGUGUUGUUCCCAUUGUUGCCUCACAGCGCCAGGGCCCCAUUUCAAUUCCAGCUUCAGCUGAACCAGUGAAAAGGAUCGUCUUCGACCAGCAGCACUAUGUCUCUUUUCAAGAUGAAGCCUAGGGCAACAAAUCCACAGGCUGUGGUGGCCCCCAUUGUCACAACUACCAUGAUGCCAGUUGACACUGGAGAUAACUCAACUGAGGCUGGAGGCCUUGGAGAAGGGAAAAAUAAUGUCUUUCAGAAGCUGAAAGAGAAAUUUAUGAAUGAACUGCAUAAAAUUCCAUUGCCUCCUUGGGCUUUGAUUGCCAUAGCUAUUGUCAGUGGCCUGCUUCUUCUCACCUGCUGCCUCUGCAUCUGCAAGAAAUGCUGCUGUAAAAAGAAGAAAAACAAGAAGGAGAAAGGCAAGGGGAAAAAGAAUGACAUCAACAUGAAAGAUGUGAAAAACUCUGGUGGAAAUCAGACCAAACAGGAUGAUGAUGAUGCAGAAACUGGUUUAACUGAAGGCGAAGACAAAGAUGAGGAACCAAAAGAGGAAGAAAAACUUGGGAAAUUGCAAUUUUCGUUGGACUACGACUUCCAGAAUAACCAGCUAACAGUGGGAAUUCUUCAGGCAGCUGAACUUCCUGCAUUGGACAUGGGUGGCACAUCUGAUCCUUACGUUAAAGUCUUCCUGCUUCCAGACAAGAAGAAGAAAUACGAGACGAAAGUUCAGAAAAAGACCCUGAACCCUGUCUUCAAUGAGUACUUUACAUUCAAGGUUCCUUAUCAAGAGCUGGGAGGGAAGACCCUAGUGAUGGCCGUUUAUGACUUUGAUCGAUUUUCCAAACACGACUGCAUUGGUCAAGUGUUGGUACUAAUGACAAAGGUGGAUCUUGGUCAACAACUUGAAGAAUGGAGAGAUCUUGAGAGUGCUGAGAAAGAGGAGCCAGAGAAAUUGGGAGACAUUUGCACCUCUUUGCGCUAUGUUCCAACAGCUGGGAAACUCACUGUCUGCAUCCUGGAAGCAAAGAACCUGAAGAAAAUGGAUGUGGGAGGACUCUCAGAUCCUUACGUAAAGAUACAUCUGCUGCAGAAUGGAAAACGACUGAAGAAGAAGAAAACCACAGUUAAGAAAAACACACUGAACCCUUACUACAAUGAAUCAUUCAGCUUUGAAAUUCCAUUCGAACAAAUACAGAAAGUCCAGGUUUGUGUCACAGUCUUAGACUACGACAAGAUUGGCAAGAACGAUGCCAUUGGCAAGAUUUUUGUUGGCAGCAACGCCACCGGAACAGAGCUUCGACACUGGUCAGACAUGCUGGCAAAUCCCAGGCGGCCUAUUGCACAGUGGCACUCUCUAAAACCAGAGGAAGAGGUCGAUUUAGCUCUUGGCCUCAAGAAGUGAUAUCAUCCCCACCAUCAUACAAACUUCUCAUUGAUCAGAUGCUAUCAAUACCUCAGUUAUGCGCCAUUCUCCAUUAACCCUUUGGGGGUUACUGUAGCAUCUUUGCACCAUGACAAAUAUAUAUGCAAAUUUGAUGUGUUUUGUAUUUUUUUUCUCAUUUUUACAAUUACUGUUACAAAAAGAAUUACAAAUUUUCUGUUUUGUAUUCAAUGCUCAAACCUUAUGAUUUUACACAGGCUUGUAAGUUAAUUAUUGAUGGAAUCUUCAUAUUUUGAAAGGUGCAAGAAAAUCCAGUACUCAAAGGGUUAAGACAUGAUUAAUUUUGGUAUACAUUAACCACCAUUGUUCUGAACUAAUAAAGAAGCCAUCUGAGCCUCCAAAUUGUAUUCCAAAUUUCCCUAAAUGCUCAAUUCUACUUUUUGCGGUUCUAGCUCUACUAUGAAAUUCGUGUUGAUAAUGCAUGAUGAUAAUUUACUGUAAAUAGCAGCAUGUUCAAUGCAAACUCUUGUGUAGGUGUAACUUGUCUAUGGUUUACAAUCACAUGCAUCUGCUGUAUAUUUUUAUGAUGAUGCUUCUAUUUUACAUAAUGUGAAUGAAUUAGAUCAAGCUAAUGUGAAAAGCCAUUUACUUAAUUUACAUCCAAAGACUGGUAGAGCAUUGACAUCAUAUCAUGAUACUAAGGUAAAGCCUUUGGUGGCCCACCAGGUGGUGAAAGCUAUCAUUCUACAUCUUAACUAUACAGUUAAGAUGCAACUUAUUGUUCACUAAUGAAUGCUGCAAAUGCCUUUUUUAAGGUCAUGGUUGGCUGAAAGGCUUUGGGUUUAGUUUAUAAAUAAAAUGUUGUGUUUAGGUAGAAAAUGCAAAGGAUAUAAGCCACAUUCCCAAAUCAGAUUGUAACAGUCUGUAGGGCCCCGUAAUGCGUUUCUAGGAAUAUCUAUCUGGAUGCAUACAUUCUGAACCAAGAUAACAAAACCAUUGUGCUAGGAGUACAGAAUAAUAAAUUAAACGCUGGAAAUCUCAUAUCCCUCCUAGGCUUCCACCUUAUGGUAAUGGCUGUCCAAAUCAGCUAAGCUUUCAUGGUGGAGAUACUUCUCAAACUGCUAAUCCCUUGCAGGCACCUAUAACACAGGCCACAUUGUUCAAUUCAAAUAGGAGUUCACUUGUCCUGAUCAGGAGUGAUUUUCCUAUGGCUGUACAGCAAUUAAAUGCAGUUGAAUUAUAUUUGUUCCAAAGCGAAACAGAACUUGCCUACUUCGUUUCAUUUUUGAUGGGAUCCAGAGCAAUAUUCUGAAAACUAAUUUCACUGCAAUAGGAGCCUCAUACACCUGUAGUUAUAUAAGAGUUUUUCCUUAUGGGUCCAAGUCAAAUUCAAUUGAGUUUGGCAGGGUAACAUGGAAUUUGGGAGGACAACAUUCUACAUAACAUGUGAAUCAGACAUGGAAGGCUGAUAAUUCUAUCCAAUUUUAUGACACAUGUUUUGCAUAAUGUGCACAAUUAGAACUCAUUAUUAUUUAUUAUUAAUACAAGCUGAGAUUAAAAUAAGACAGUAAGAGGAUACCCCUGAUAUAUUAGCUUCACCGCCUUCCCCACACCCCUAUCUUCCUGAUAGGGGAUGUUGCACUUUGCCAGUCUGCUGCUGCCAAUCACUUUGUGUGUGCUUGCCUGUAUGUAUGCGUGUGAGUGUGUGUGAAUGAGUGUAUACUUUUAGGGCAGGAACAAUUGCCGAAUGAUAACAUCAAUUCAAGAAGAAUAAAAUGCACUGAUGUCUUUAAGGUUACAAAAUGACUUAAGAAGUUAUCGUGCAUUGCAAUUUUGAUCGUUAAAAUUGAUGGUCUGUUUGUACAGUAGCGAAUCUUACUAAUGAAACUGCCUAGGUUUGAUUUUUUUGAUGGAUUAUUAUAAUAUUACCUUUCACUUUAAAAAGAUUGCAAUCAUUAAAAUUUUACUGUACAGAGACGCAUUAAUAUUUAUGUGCUCAAGCUUUUUUUUUGCUAUUAGUCACAUUGGCUGGCUUCUUGAUAUUAAGCUUGUAUUGAGUGAGGAGUAUUUUAAUCCUGUUUUUACAAAAUGAACAAAGCAAAUGUCUACGACAACCCUCACUGUGAUACUCUAUUAUGGAAGGAGCAAUCUUUGUUACAGUACAAGUGGUGUUGCUGUCCUCUAGCAAUGAGUACAAUUCAUAAGCCUUUGUCUUCAUAUUUCUCCCCACCCUCCACUACGCCACUCCAAUGUACACUUGAUUUCUGAUUGGUACAACUCAGAUGAGAGGAAAAAUCUUACAAAUGAAUUCUGUAAAUAUAAGCUCCCAAAAAAUUUGCUGAAAAAUGAGUAACUGAGCAUGUGAGCAUAAAUAUUUCAGUCACUUGUCAGAAAGCUAGAAUACCUCAAUUACUGGUACAGAAGCUUAGUUGUCCAAACUUUUUCCAGCAUUGGGAGAUGCUGACACAUUUGUAGGCAGCCUCAGUGAGGCAAUAAUAUUGCUUCAGGCAAAUAGACUGAGUUGGCUGAGUAUCUGUAUCUGCAUUGAAUCCAACAAUAAUGAGGAAAUUAUAUAUUUUAGGCACCUUUCUAAGGAAGUCAAUUGGGCAAAUUUAGCGGCUUUGAAAACAGAUACAGGUCAUUCUGUAUAUUUGUUAUCAUCUUGAGAAACAGCAAUUUUAGUGUGAUGGGAAUCAAUUUCAACUUCAGUUUCAUUUCUCCUGAAGAAUGUUGCAUAUAGCAUUUAGUACUAUUGGGACACAUUUGUGUCAGUUCCUGCAAACAUAUUUCAAAAAGUGCACACAAAACACUUUCAUAGAAAAUAUAUUAGUCAUUAUGUAGGAAGAGUUAUUUGUAAUUGUGUGAAGUUGCUUGAGAUAUUUUCUUGUCAAGUAGGUAUUUAUAUAACUAACAAUAAUGACUUAGUAAGUGCCAUAGAAUUACAUCAUAGUUCCUGUCAGACAAAUAAAGGACAAUCAUGUUGAAAAAUGGGAUUUAAAUGUUGUUGAUUUGUAGGAAGUUCCUUUGAUGGAUACAAGUUUUAUUCAGCUGCCUUGCUGAAGGUAUCAGAGUGAAAUACUUGUUUGACUUUAUUAUUAUGACUAAGUGUUGUUUCUUGCAGUUGCCGUGACACAAAAUUCAGAUUUAGAUAGACUUCAAAAUUGAACUUUGACAAAUUGAAAAGAUAAAAAUAAAUUCCUCAAACCAACUGAUCAGAUGCUUUAGAUUUGGUGAGUCAUGUAGGAAUGAAAGUGAGACUCUUGAUUGCAUGUUUCAAAGAUAUAUUUAACAAGUAGGUUUAUUUGUCGGUUGCUGCCAGUGACUACAGUUUAUAAUACUCAUAAAACUGUGAAAUAAUGAAUAUUAGAAGAAAGUGACUGUUGUGGGUUUUGUAGCUUUUUAAAGACUGGUCAAUAGCUUGUAGCCAUGGAAAAUGUCCAAUUAUGGUUUUCUCAUCCUGUCAUGGGUACAUUAGUACUGCUGUGGACUGGACAUUUUAAAGAGUGAUCCAACUAUUCCCAACAGUUGAAAGAGUUGAUUAAAAUUAUUUGAUUGGAAAGAUAAUUUUAUGAUUACUUCGUGGUUCAUAGCUAUAAUUAUAGAUAGAAAAUACAUCAACUUUCAGUUUUGACAUGUGUUCUCCUUUAUCUGACACACGAGGACAUAGUUUUUUUAUAGCUUAAUUUUUAUCUUUGAAUUUGGAGUCCAUAGACAUCAACCGUAAGAAAUAAUGUCCCACCAUUAGAAAGUUCAGUUUUAUGAUGUUACUGACUGUGUUUGAAAUCCUUACUAAUACCUUGAUUAAACAGAAGCAGAGUGUGUAGGUGGAUUCUGAAUGCUAUACAAAAUAUAUUUUUAAACAGCAACGGCAGUGUGAAGUGGUUCCCUAAAACUGAUGAGUAGCGGUCUUCUGAAACAAAACAAUGAACCUCCAUGGUGACCAGGCAAUGGAAUAAAUUUCUAAGUCCCUGGGAGACUGAUAUAAUUUCAACUCUUGCCAACAGAUUCUUUAAACAAAAUCAAUAAAUCAUUGCUGACUGGUAAAGACAUAACAUGAACAAAUGGCUGCAAGGCCAAUGCUACAACAUGUACCUGUCUAGCAGUCAUUCUUGCUGGCUAAAAUGGAAUUCUGUUAGACACAAAGCUAACACAUGCUUAAGUGUAAUCGGUGAAUUAAUUAAUGGUGAGCACUUACCUACAAACUUACAGCACUUACAAAAUCUAUUGUGCUUUCUGUAGAUUUGUGGAUCCGGAUUUUUUUGUUAUUAUUCAGUUAAGGAAUAGCCCAAAGCUUUGCUGUUAUUGAACAAUGAUCUAGUAACACACUCAGAUGAGAUUGAAGGCAGAAGAGUAGCAUGUAACCAGAUUUCAAGUAGAGAAAAUAAUGUUAAAUGGCCGCAAAUAUAUAUUUAAUUUAAAUUUAAAUGAAUUAGCAAUAACAAUUUAGACACGCAAAUAACUGACAUCAGCAAAACAUGUAUAUUUAUGAAAAGAAGGCAGACGUAUUACAUAACCAUCACUGAUGCACAAUGGUGCGGAGAUACAGCCACUGGUUCCUCAAACUUUUACUACAUGUGCUAUACAGGUCCUUUGUCACUUCACAAAUUUCAUCCAAAAUUCUGUUGAACUAUGUUUGCCUUUCAAAUAUUUCACCUGUACAUCUCACAAGCUAUGUUGUAGGAAAAUAGUUGGUGUAUUUUUAGAGACAAUUAUGCUUAUAAGUAAUAUUUCUGGAUGUGUAAAUUCCUCCGACAAUGAAGUUCCAUCUAAUACCAUAUGCUUUCCUUUUUUCUCUGUUUAAGUUUCAUUUGGUACUCCCCUUAAUAUUUUCUUCACUCUUGUGUCAAUUCAUUCCUUCAUAGAAAAUCAAUUCUGCUUUGUUUUAUCAAAAAAAUUUAGUUUUCAAAAAACAUUGCUGCUAUCCAACCAGCUCUUAACAAACCCCCAGAUUAUCUCCUUAAUGUGUUUGACUUAGUUUCUCUGUAGUUGUUCCCCUUAUUGGGAUCACACUUACAAAUGUGUCUAAAACAGCUUUGCCUCCUGGGAAACCGCGAAGGACUAUUGGACCUUUUGGUAUUUUCCACAUAUAAGUAAACAUUGGGAACUUAAAGAGCCAAAUGUAUUAAAUUAGAUCUCCAGAUGCUAUUCACUUAAUAAAUUGAUCCCUCUGAAAGGUUGAAUUGGAGAAAGCGCAAUGCUGAGAGGUGGAAUGCUUAUAAAGUUGUCAGCAAGAUCAUUUUUUUCUGAAACUAAUAUUAACUUAUUCCAGGUGGGUGUCCUACCAAGUGGAGUCAAAUGAUCUAUGGUCCAUUCUUACAUGUCUCCACCUCUGUGAAUCAAAUUAAAACAUUAAAACUCUAAAAAGACCUGUGUGAAUCAGUGGAGUUGUUAAAAUCAGAAGGAUUCUAUAAAUAUUUUUAAAAAUAGGAAGAAAAGUUGUUUGUCUUCAGUGUCAAACAAUUUGACUUGAAUAAAGCAGAUUUGAUGUAGAGUCAGGAAAACUGUAAAUAAAUUUAAGUUACACAUUGAGUUCCGUCAGUGUAAAGUUGAUUACUGAACAUCCAUCAUAGAGUAGAAAAAUUAUUUCUUACUAUUCUGAAAAUGGUAGUCAGUUGCUAGAUGCAGCAAUCCAUAAUCACUUGUCAUAAGUGUAUAAAUAUGUAUGUUAAACCGCCUGUCUGUGCAAUAUAAAAAUGUAAGUCCUUGUAUCAUCAAUAAGCAUACUUUUUUUAAACACCACCUGCUUAUUCUGUCUGGGAAAUGCAGCUUUUGAUGUCCUUCAUUUUGAUGAAAUUUUGUACCUUUUGUUUCUACUUUGUGUAAAAGUUUGUUGUGUAGUUUGAAAUUACAUAAGGGAAUGUAAAGCAGAUUCCAUUAAAUAUGUCUCAUAUGUCACUGUUAAA